AAAGUGAGGCUCGGUCAGCUGAUAAAGCAGUCACGCGGUUGGGGUGCUCAGUCAUUUUCAGCAGAUCCCGGGUUGUGCUGUCGCUCGCCUGAUCUAGCUCGAUCUUGCUAUGAUGGGGCUUCGCGAUUUAAUACUGCUCGCCUCUUUGGUGGCUGCUUGUUCGGCGCUAAUCAGAAUCCCUCUGAAGAAAUUCCCUUCCAUGCGUAGCAUCUACAAUGAAUAUGGGACCAAUGUCCAAGACUUGAUCGAGUUGGGACAAAUGCUGAAGUAUAAAUAUGGGGGUCCGGGUGCAGAAAUACCUACCCCAGAGGCUCUGAAGAAUUACAUGGAUGCACAGUAUUAUGGGGAGAUAGGUAUUGGGACUCCACCGCAGAAGUUUACUGUAGUCUUUGAUACUGGCUCAUCAAACCUCUGGGUGCCAUCUAUUCACUGUGGCUUGCUGGAUAUUGCCUGCUUGAUACAUCAUAAAUACGAUUCUUCAAAAUCUAGCACAUAUGUGAAAAAUGGUACAGAUUUUGCCAUCCAUUAUGGUACUGGAAGCCUUUCAGGGUUUCUCAGCCAGGAUACAGUAACGAUUGGCGACUUAUGUGUCAAGAACCAGAUGUUUGGUGAAGCUACCAAGCAGCCUGGCAUCACUUUUAUUGCUGCAAAAUUUGAUGGCAUUCUUGGCAUGGGAUAUCCCAAGAUUUCUGUGAAUAAAGUAGCACCUUUCUUUGAUAAUAUAAUGGAACAGGGAUUAUUGGAAAAGAACAUGUUUUCCUUUUAUCUAAACAGGGAUCCAAAAGGCCAAACUGGAGGGGAAUUGCUUUUCGGAGGAACAGAUUCCCAGUAUUAUUCUGGAGACUUCAGUUGGGUGAACGUAACUCGUAAAGCUUAUUGGCAAGUCCAUAUGGAUAAGGUUGAUGUUAGCAGUGGCCUAACUGUGUGCCCGAAUGGCUGUGAAGCUAUUGUAGACACAGGAACGUCACUUAUUACAGGACCAACUAAGGAAAUUAAAGAGUUGCAGAAAGCCAUUGGAGCUAAGCCAAUCAUUAAAGGACAGUACAUACUCCAAUGUGAUAAGCUAUCUACACUUCCCACUGUGUCUCUAGUGCUGGGAGGGAAAUCUUAUGAUCUUUCUGCAAAGGAUUAUGCCUUAAAAGUUACUGUUCAAGGAGAAACUCUUUGUUUGAGUGGAUUUUCAGGCUUGGAUGUCCCACCACCCGGUGGGCCUGUUUGGAUUCUUGGUGAUGUUUUCAUUGGACGCUAUUACACAGUAUUUGAUCGAGAUAAUGACUCUGUUGGUUUUGCAAAGGGUAUUGGCAAGGUGUAAAAGCAAUUAGUCAUUGCCUUCCACAGUCUCAAUACAAACGCACUCCCAAGCACAUCGUGCUUUGCUUUUAUAUUGUGACUGCAUUCAGAACAAAACCAAGAAAGUAGAAAUGAGAGGAAAUGCUUUUAAAUUAAAAAAACUACUACUGAUCUUCCAAAAUUUAUUUGUCAUCCUUCUGAUAGCAUACCAUAUAAAGGCUCUACUAAAUUACAAAUUUUGCGGAGUCCUAAUAUUGUAUGUACCCUUCAGAUUUCUGGUUCUUUGAAGCAUAAUCCUUUCAUAUGUUUUCGAGCAUAAGUUGUCUUUUGUAAGCAACUUUGUUUUUUGCUCACUCUCCCUCAAAUUAUCUAUGUUUUUGGAUACAAUUUCCUAGCAACUCUCCCAUCAUAUAUGUAUAUAUGCAUAUAUAGAUCAUAUAUGUAUGUAUGUAUAUUGCAAUUGAAAAAUUCUUAAUAGUUGAGAAGUCACCACUAAAAUUGCAUGUGAUUCUCUAUUUGCACUUUGAAUAUAAAUAUAUAUAUACCAGUUGUAUCUCUGUCAUCUACAAAGCGUGGAAUAUGGCAGAGAGGUUCUGAAUUAACAGAUUUUAUAAAACAUGGUUAUGGUUAGUAAUGAAUACCGGAAAUAGCCAUUGUAAUGGGAAAGGUAAAAGGUAAAGUGAAAGUAAACAUAAAUGUUAAAUGCCCAUUUAGCCUAAGUUUCCCCAUCUCAGGUAGUAUGUCCUGUUUUUGAAUAUUUUGCUCUUCAGUUUUCCAAACCUUUUGUAAUUCCUAGUUUCUUUUUGAGAUAUGAGAACAGUGUUAUCUGACUUUUCCCAAAAAGUAUUUCACAUAAAAAUUUUUGAGACAUUUUGGUUCAAUUUAGGUGACAUUUUAACUCGUUAGUUUUGGAGAAGUUUUUAAUCUUUAUUAUUAAAGUAUACAAUACAAGUUUUAUUUAGAGAGGUUGAGACUACCAUUGCAUUCUGUUGUGAAGAAAAAUAUUGUAAGCAUCUCAGAAAAAUAUAUUCAACUCUGAGGAAUUUAAUCUGGGGAUUGAAAUUCUGUGAAUAGCUCUAUAUAUCCAAAUUCUUUUUGCCUAGAUUUCUAUAUCAAGCGUUUCAGAAAAGGAGUAGUUUCUGAACUGGGUUUUGUUUUGAGCCUAAGAAGUCAUAUGAUCAACUAUUGUAGAGUGAAUGAGACUUGAUAGAUUACAGAGCUGGGCCAUUGUUAAUGCUAGGCUAGUUCAUUUGAAAUGUUUCAUAAUACUUGAGCCCAGUCACAAGGCUAUGAGAAGCCAUGGACAACGGAACAAGAGAUUAAGAUUAAAAAGGUUUGUUUCAGAUAAAACCAAUGGCAACCUGGUUUUGUAUAAGGGUCUUAAAGAGUUUUAAAGAUUUGUGCAAAAGUGGGAUUGAAUGACACCUCCGUAAUAAAAUAUAUCCGACACUCAAAACUGAUUAGCACUGAUAGACUGGCAGUGUUACACAUUGCAGCUUAAUGUUGGAUUAAGAUGUCUCUCCACCACAAGUCUUACCAAAAUUUGGACCAUACAGAUUAUGAUAUUGGAAGUCUAAGCCAUUGUGUCAAGUAGGAGAAAACUGUUGUAUAGCAGAUCCCACAUUCUCAAGAAGAAUAAAGUCCACCACAUCUUAUUGGAAAUCGUCUUAGUAAAUUUGAUAUGCAGAUUGCACUGCUGGAUUAGUAGUUCGCUGUCAUUCCCCUGGUGGCUUGGAGCAUUCUCUUGCUUGUUUUCUCUAAUUUGUAAAAUGCUAUUAUGUUCUUGCCUGUUCAAAAGAUACAAUCUGUUUCAUAGCUGUUCUCUUUUCAACUAGUAAUCAAAUAAAUUAAAAAUAAACAGUUUCCAUUGCCACAUACUAUCAUGUCAUUUUUUAAAAAGCAGUCUGAAGAAACUUUAAAGGGAAUACAUGGUUUGGUGCGAACACUGACCUGAUUGAUAUGUCAUACCAAAUUAAAAUUGUAUAUACUCAGCUGUUGUUUUAUCAUGACAUAUGAACCCUUUCCCAGAAAAAAAAAUGAAACAAAGAUUUGUUUUAUGAAGCCUGCUUAUUCUAAGCUUGUCUUAUUGCAGUGAACUUAGAAUUCUGAUUUAAUACGUUUUUUCUGGAUCUGACCAAUUUUUUUUUUUGGGGAUACUGGGAAAAACAAAGUAAAAAAACCAAUGAAUUGACUGAACAAGCCACAAUUACUUUGUUUAUGUUAUGUCCUGCACCGGCAGUGGCGGCCCCUAGUGGUGGAGAUGGUUUCUUGUUCUGUUCUGAUUGGCUCCCGCUUUGACAGCUGAGUAUAAAAGGGCUGUCAAAGCAGGCACGCUGUUCUUGUGUUGUUGCUGGUCUCUGUGAGUUAAAAAUAAAAGCUAUGUGUGAA